UAAGUAAAAGAAAUAAAAUUGCUCGAGCGAAAAAGGUAAUGAAUCAAAGAACGGGAAAAACGUCAUUUGCGCAAGUUAAGGCCAAAUUGACAAAGGAACAAGGACGAUGCCCAACUCGUGCUCAACUAUUUCGUUCGUGCUUUGUUUCUUCAAAUGGAAACUCAAGUGACGCUGUCUCGAGUAAAAUUGCAGCUAUGGCAGAAUGUAGGGAUCAACUAUCUGAACAUUCUGAAGAUGUAAUCGCUCCAAAUGAUAUAUUUGCCCAAGUUAUAGGGAAGGACAAACCUGGUCAAGUAAGAAUGAUGGGCCAAGGAGUGUGUCCCUCAGAUGUAUGGAAUGGGACUCCUAUAAACACAUCAGACCGUUUACUAAGUGAGUACAGAGAAAAAAAUGCACGACUAGAGGCAAUGCUUGGAGCACAACAAAGACCUUGUGCUUCACAAGCAGACACAAGGCCAAAUGCGAUAGCAUCCGAAUCUCUUUCACUACGUUCUACGACGGCUCAAACUUAUGAGGUUGGAAAAUAUGUUUCUUUUAGAAGUAUUUUCACACAGAAAAUCGUUGCUAAAGGAUUUAUUCAGAGCAUUGAUCCAAAUAAAAAGGUUGGGGGACAAAUGUUAGGAUUGAAUUGGUGUGAAAUUAGUGUUAAAGUUGUGAUUGAGCCGAAGGAACAAUUGAUUAGGCCUUACGACAACUUUCAAGAGCUUUCCCAAACAAUUGGUGAUACGGUUGCUUGGCCAUGUUCCUUGGUAUUCUCUAUCUAUUAUUUAUUGCUACUAUAUAAUUACCAAAUGCAUUUUAGUUUGAUUCUAAGUAUAUUUUCAACUUAUAUAUGUAGGUGACGCCUAUUGAGUAGUGGCAAUUUGUUGAUUUACAUAUGGAUUCAAGGGCACGUUGCAGAGGAACUUGUUCUUUGGACAAGUAGGAAGAAGAGGCUCACAGAUUUAAUUAUAGUCUGUACUAGUAUGGUCACAUAGUUUAAGAAGAAAAUGAAUUGACAUUUCACAUUGUUGGAAUGCAUGUUUAGAGUUUUGAAAUACUUUGGAUUUUUAUAUAUUCGAAUUUUAUAUUUUAUUUA